UUAAUUAUUCGCGUCGCGCGCAGGUGACUCCUAAGUGCGCACAAGAGCCUCUUCAAAGCGGCGAUGUCUUGCAAGUUAAAAGCGAGAAUAAGUGUGUUUGUUUUAGUCAUCCCAUGUUAUUUUUAUACAUUUCAGCUUUGCUAUUCCGUAAGUUUAGGGCGGAGGAAAGAUGGCUCGUCCUCUGACCGAGCUGACCCGACCGGGUGGGACGACCGCCGACUGCAGCCACCGUCCCACGCUGUGGUCCAACAGGUGACGUGGAACCCCAACCCCGGUCUGCCUGGACUAUUGGAGGCUUGGGAUGGGUUUUCCGCUGCUGGUCACACGCGCACACACGUCGGCGAGCCAGAACCAGAUCAAACUGGUGACAACUUCACGCUUAACAGCAGGACUUGGACGCUUGGCGAGGUCUGGGCGGAGGAAAGGGCGUCGGCGCCACACUUUGAAGAUGGAUAUCAAGCAGACUUUGCAGGUUUUUCUGAGGUUCAGGGGAAGGUUGAGGGCCUGUCGCCUGAUUCCAGCCCAUACUUCUCAGACUGGGAAGUGAUGAGCCCUCUGGUGGAUUGCGGUGAUGACGACAUGACUUUGACUGCUUCUGGUCCAGGAUUUAUGCACCUGCAAGUGGACAGAAGAAGCAACUCUCCCCUCUCCAUCUUCCAGCUGCCUUCCUUCUGUGGUUACUCGGUGAAGGCAUCAUGGAGUGAUUUGGAGAUGAUUGUGCCGUAUGACGGAUGCUACAUUCUCCAGGAGAAUGGUAGUUAUGUGCUACCCAUGCUGUGGUUGGGAUCCCCGUUGAAGCUGUCCUGCCCGAUGAUGUCUGCAGGUCCCCCCCUGCACUCCAUGGAUGUCCCAUCUGUCUUCUGCUCCAGCUACGGCAUGGCAGUUCAGAUUCAGGGACAGGAGCAUGAUCUGCCACUGAUGGGUGUUGUUGUGAAUGGAGCAAGAGGUCCAUUUGUUUCUGAAAUGUGUGCACUCCAGGUUGAUUCCCAACCUCAGGAGUUUAUGUUCCUCAUCGCCCACAGUGCUCCGUGUCUCAUUGCUGAUGAUAACCUGCAACUUCAGCUGUUAUUGGAUGAUCACCACUAUGUGCUCUCCUGCCCAUUCACUCCUCAAUUUCCCAGUGUUCCCACUCUUUCUUCUGGCCACCCACCAGAUCCCAUCAAACCCAGUCUAACCCCCCCUCUUUCUCCCCCAUCUCAGACUUCUGAUGUUUACCUCUCCCCAGGAUCCCAGCUCCAGCCCUUCCAGCAUCCUUCUGGAUCUGAGAAGUUGCCCUCUUUUGGUAACCAGCUGCAUUACCCUCUUCCCCCUAAUCCUUUUGAAAACACUGAUCAUGUUUUUAAAUGGCCUGAUCAGCCUCCUCAGCAUCCAUAUGUUCUUAAUUAUCCUCAUGUUCCAGUCUAUUACAUAGCAUCAGCUCCAAAAGCUGAAGAUGUCCGACACCCAGCAGCUUCUCAUUAUAUUCCAUACUACCCUCCUGAAACCACUGCUGCACCAGUAACCCAGCCUCCACCGUCCCCUCCACCAAAUCAACCCAUGGGUUAUCCGUCCCAAACCAGUCCAGUUCAUCCUCCUGUACCCCCCUACCAUGAGACGGCUUUCUAUUCUACUGCUGCUCCACCACCCGUUCCCACCUCUAAUGCUCCAGAAUACCCCCCCAAACAGUUUUAUCUCCCCCCCUACUUUCAGCUGCCUACAGGUGUGUCACCUCCCAGGGAGGAGCCUCGGGAACCACCAGGCUACCAUCCUCACCCCUUACCACAAUACCAGGUCCCCUAUCUGUCUUUACCUCGCUAUCCGAACAUCCAGCCUCCACCAAAGAGAACUCCCUACACUAUGAGCACACCCCCAGACUGGCUCACGGCUCACUCUCCACGUCUCAAGUGUCUGAAAGAGAGGAUGAUGGUGUUUCUGCCGUUCGCUGACCCGCAGUCCCUACAAGUCAGAGACAACCUGAACACAUGGCAGUUCCUGUCCAGUGUCCCCCCCCAGUGUGGUUACAUGCUGCAGAGGACUGCAGGCUAUGGGUUAGUCCUGCAGUCUCCUCUGCCUUCCUGCCACAGUCUGCUACAGACUCCUACAACCAUUUCCUCACUCAUAAAGUAUUGGGACUUCUCAGUUGGGCAGAAUCGGACUCUGGAUCUGCUAUGUCCAUAUCAGAGUGCCCCUGAAACUCCAGCUCCAGUGGUUUCAGUCAAACACCCGACCCCGCCAAGCCCCUCCAUCAGCCCGCCAGUUUCAAGAACGGAGGUCUUCUGCUCUUUCCAGCAUAUGAAAGUAGUGCUUCCCCCUGGUCCCACUAAAGAAAUCUUUCUUAAAGACAUCAAGGGGAAUCUGAUGAACCUCCUUGAAGCUCCAAAGGAUUGUGGGUAUUAUCCAAGCGAGGGCAAGGAUGGCAGAAUCCAUUUGUUCCUGCAGCUGCAUUCCCACUGUCAAAUGAGCGUCCAGGGUGAAAAGUACGUUGUCAGUGUGAUCUACAUGACCGACGGUGGGAAAAAGGAGGCUCAGGUUUCCUGUCCAGUUGUAACUCCAAGGUCUGAGCAAGAGUGCAACCUUCCUAGUGAAUAUCGCCUCCCCUGUGGAUCCAGCUCCAUAUCCCAGACACAGUGCCUCUCCAUGGGCUGCUGCUUCAACAAGCACCCCCCUGCCUGCUACUACCCCAUGGAUGAGUGCACUAUUGACCGCCACAUGAUCUUCUCCGUGCCUGCCUCCCUCACCGACCCCCCUCUCUCUCCUGCUCUGCUUGUUGCUGCAAACAACGCCACCUGCAAACCUCUGAGAGCGACCACCAAGUACGCCCUGUUCAAUAUCCCAAUGGAUGGCUGUGGGACACGCAGAGUGGUUCUGGGGAAGACGGUGGUCUAUAUGCUGGAGAUCACCAACGUGGUGCAAACUGUCAGCCUCAACUAUGGCACCAUCACUAGGGAUUCUCCUGUCAGGUUGUUGGUGGAGUGCAGGUAUGUGCCAGGAACCGUUCUGAGUGUGGGCUACGUGGUAAAAACUCCCACCUUUGGUCCUGAAAUUCAUACUCAGGGGGUGUUUGGUGUUCAGCUUAGGAUUGCCAAAGAUGCCGAGUACAGCAGCUAUUACCCACAGUAUCACCAGCCCCUGCACAUGCUGCUGGGGAAACCCCUCCACCUCGAAGUGCGGCUCCUCAACUCCCCCGACCCCAGUUUGGUGUUGCUGGUGCAUUUUUGUGUGGCCUACCCCCGCUCUGGGAAAGCUGUGUGGGUGUUGCUUUACAACGGAUGCCCCAAUCCUUUAGACCCGGCUCCGCCUCAGACGGUGAUGAGUGAUCCGAAACCACCUUCUCCACGGAGUCAGACCCGCCGAUUCACCAUUAGCACCUUCCAGUUCCUUCCUGAUGGUGAGCUGAAGGACAUGGAUGAAGAGAUCUACUUCAUGUGUUCAACGGAAAUCUGCUCUCCACACGAUGGGCCCUGUGUUGAGGGAUGCUUUGGUCAUUGAUGUUGCAAGAAGGAUGCUUGAAAUCAGUCCAUGACAAUCUGACGCUACUCCUUUAACCACCAAUAAAAGCUCUUAGUCAUC